UGUCUGGGCAGAGAGCAAGCGGCCGAGCGCACGCCGAGGCCCAAUCAGCGCUUUUGUGUUCACUGCCGGCGCCGGGGACUGCAGGGGAAAGAGGUGCCGCAGCGCUCAGGAUCGGAGAGCGAGCCCGGAGCCAGAGCAACCUGAGGCGGUGAAGGCGAGUCAGGAUGGAGCGGAUGUCUGAGGAGGCGUUGAGGUUGAACUUGCUGAAGCGGGGUCUGGAAACGGCUGACGAGAGGGAGGAAGCACUGGCCAAGCGCCUGAAAAUGGAGGGUCACGAAGCUAUGGAGCGACUAAAGAUGCUGGCAUUGCUCAAGCGUAAGGACCUUGCUGCUCUGGAAGGAGCUGCCAUGGCGGAGGGGAAAGGACCCGGGGCAAGCCAGGGGCUGAUGGGAGCUUCAGCGGUGUAUGAGGAGAAGCUGAACGGGAGCUUGAGGAGCAUAGGUCAUGGAGGACCCAGCAAAAAUGGCAAAGAGAAUAUGAUGGACGAACCUGUGGACAUGAGCGCCAAGAGGAGUGGUGUGGAGCGAGAGAGGUGUACUCCAUCUCCAGAUGUGAUUAUCUUGUCAGAUAAUGAAGCAUCAAGCCCGAGGAGCACUCCACACCCAGAGGAGCGCCGCCAUCACCCCAAUCUAGACAUGUUCAAGGGGAAGACGGGUGAGGAGAGGCAGCAGAUGAUCAAAGCCCUACGUGAGGAGCUGAGGCUGGAGGAGGCUAGGCUUGUGUUGCUGAAGAAACUGAGACAAAGCCAGAUGCAGAAAGAGAACGUCGUACAGAAGGUUCCAGUCGUUCAGAAUCCCCCCUCCUCUGUGCAGCCCUCCACUAUUCACAGCUCACAGGGGCUGAGCAAACUGCCUGUGCGGCCUGGUAUACAUACGUCUGAGCCCCAGAACCUCCGCACAGCACAGGGCCACACGGUGAUCAGGUCUGCAGCCAGUGCCUCUCUGCCCCCCAUGAUGAUGUCUCAGCGGGUGAUUGCGCCUAACCCAGCCCAGCUGCAGGGACAGAGAGUGCCCUCUAAGCCUGGCAUGGGCCGACCCUCCACAGGGAGCAUGAGCAAUGCAAUUAACUACCAGCAGGCUGCUAGCCAACAGGUGGCGGCCUCACAGCGUUCUGGCUCCUCGGCAGCCAUCUACAUGAACUUGGCCCACAUGCAGGCGGCCGGGACAGCAGGUGUGCCAGGCGUUGGGGUGGGUGUGAGUGCAGUUAGCCCCUCUGCACUUCCCAGCAGCUCUACUGUGGGGUCUGUGGGCACAAUGAGUGAUCAGGCCAGCAGCCAGGCAGCUGCCAAGCUGGCCUUGCGCAAGCAGCUGGAGAAAACGCUGCUGGAGAUCCCUCCACCCAAACCUCCUGCCCCCCUGCUCCACUUCCUGCCCUCUGCCGCCAACAGCGAGUUCAUCUACAUGGUGGGACUGGAGGAGGUGGUUCAGAGUGUCCUCGACAGCCAAGGUAAAAUGAGGGGUUCGCUAGCGCGCAUGGAGCCAUUCUUCUGCGCCCAGUGCAGGACCGACUUCACCCCCCACUGGAAGCAAGAGAAAAGCGGCCGCAUCCUGUGUGAGCAGUGCAUGACCUCCAAUCAGAAGAAGGCCCUAAAGGCUGAACACACCAACCGUCUGAAAAACGCCUUUGUCAAGGCUCUGCAACAGGAGCAGGAAAUUGAGCAGAGGCUUCAGCAACAGGCGGCUCUGUCCCCAAGCGCAGCUCAGACUGUCCCCAGCGUCAGCAAGGCCGAGAGCAUGAUCCGACACCACGCACUCCGACAGGCUCCUCAGCCACAGGCAGCUCUGCAGCGGGGUUUAUCCAGCUCGGCACGUGGCGUGCUAUCUAACUUUGCCCAGGCCUCACAGCUCUCAGUGGCCAGCGGACUAUUGGGUAUGACCAGCAAGCGCUGUGGUGGAGGCAGUGCUAGCAGCAGUCGGUCACAGCAUGAGAGCCGUCGACAGAUUUACAACAUCCCCGUUUUCAAAAUGGCGGCACUGACACCUGGCUGAUGCUUCACGUUUCGAAGUCUCGCACAAGUCUUGUGAAGAUCUCGCGGAUAAGCGAUGCCUGCUGUGGACCAAACGAACUAAAUUCAACAUGGCUAAAAACCGAACAGGCCGAUAAGUAUAAUAUUUAAUUGCAAUUAGUUGCCAAUACGAGUCACGAACAAGUUGGCGACAUUUUGCAACGUCAGUGUUUUUCCGUUCUUCAACAAUGACCUCUUUUAGUGGCUGGAUGGAGAGUGAUGCUCAACUUGUCUCUUCAGAAUUCCCCAUAGGUGUUCGAGUGGGUUCAGAUCAGGAGACAUACUUGGCCACUGAAUCACUUUCACCCUGUUCUUCUUCAGAAAUCCAACAGUGGCCUUAGAUGUGUGUUUAGUCAUGUUGGAAAAGUGCAUGACGACCAAGGGCACGGAGUGAUGGUAGCAUCUUCUCUUUCAGUAUAGAGCAAUACAUCUGUGAAUUCAUGAUGCCAUCAAUGAAAUGCAGCUCCGCGACACCAGCAGCACUCAUGCAGCCCCACAUAAGGACACUGCCACCACCAUGUUUCACUGUAGGCACCAUGCAUUUUUCUUUGUAUUCCUCACCUUUGUGAUGCCAUACAGUUUUGAAGCCAUCAGUUCCAAAAAUAUUUAUCUUGGUCUCAUCACUCCAGAGUAUAGAGUCCCAGUAGACUUCAUCUUUCUCAGCAUGGGCCCUGGCAAACUCUAGGCGGGCUUUUUUGUGCCUGGGCUUUAGGAGAGGCUUCUUUCGUGGACGGCAUCCAUGCAUGCCAUUCCUCUGCAGUGUACGCCGUAUUGUGUCACAGGAAAUAGUCACCCCAGUUUGGCUUUCUACUUCUUUAGAUAACUGCAGUGAACCGUCAUGCCGAUUUUUCUUCAGCCCUUCUCAUCAGAAGACGCUCCUGUCGAGGUGUUAACUUCCGUGGACGACCUGGACGUCUCUGUGAGAUGGUUGCAGUUCCAUCUUUCUUAAAUUUUUAUACCACUUUUGCUACAGUAUUCUGACUGAUAAGUAAAGCUUUGCUGAUGAUCUUGUAGCCUUCACCUUUGUGGUGUAAAGAAAUUAUUUUCUUUGGGGAAUUCUGAAGAGACAAGUUGAGCAUCACUCUCCAUCCAGUCACUAAAAGAGAUCAUUGCUGAAGAAUGGAAAAAGAUCGAUGUUGCAAAACUUCGCCAACUUGUUCAUUCCACGCCUAGAAGACUUGGUGCUGUCAUUAAAAAUCAUGGAGGCCAUACGAAGUACUAGAUGUAGUAGUUUUUGUUGUGGGGUGUACACAUUUUUGCACUACCCUAAUUUGAGUAAAACUGAAAAAAUGUGUAAUCCAAGUUAUAUUAUUAGCCUUACUUUCACGUUAUAAGUUAAACAGAUGUUAUAUUAAACUUUGUCUUGUCAACAUUUUGGAAAUUGUGUUAAUUGAGAUAUUGUUUAAAAUGUUACUUUUCAAAGGGGGUGUACUCAUUUACGCUGAGCACUGUAUAAGGUUACUAAAACCGAAAAUGUAAUUGAAUAACACCGUUAAUUAAGAAAUAAAGCAAGUUUAAAAAUGACUUCAGUUCUCCUUUAAGUGUGGUUUUUAUUGCCUUCUCAUUUUGUCCUCUGUCC